AUGUCAGAAUUCAAAAUCAAAGCUGGAUUAGCUCAAAUGUUAAAAAAUGGAGUAAUUGGUGAUGUUGUUACCGCCGAACAAGCCGAUAUAAUGGAAAGACUGGGAGCAGCAUCAGUAAUGGCAUUAGAAUCGAUUCCAAGUGAAAUGAGAAAAUCAAAUAAAGUUUGUAGAAUGAGUGAUCCAAAAAUGAUUAAAGAAAUUAUGGAAAAAGUUAAAAUUCCAGUUAUGGCAAAAGUUAGAAUUGGUCAUACAGUUGAAGCUCAAAUCUUGGAAGCUUUAGGUGUAGAUUAUAUUGAUGAAAGUGAAGUUUUAACUCCUGCUGAUAAUGUUGAACAUAUUGAUAAAAAUAAAUUUAAAGUUCCAUUUGUAUGUGGUGCAAGAAAUUUAGGUGAAGCACUUAGAAGAAUUAAUGAAGGUGCUGCUAUGAUAAGGUGUAAAGGUGAAGCUGGUACUGGUGAUGUUGCUUCCGCUGUUGAUCAUAUUAAAACUAUAAGAAAAGAAAUUGAAGCUGCUUCAAAAUUGACUACUAAAGAAGAAAAAUUAAAUUUAGCUAAAGAAUUAAGAGUACCAGUUGAAUUAGUUGAAGAAGUUAUUGAAUUAAAAAGAUUACCUGUUGUAACUUUUGCUGCUGGUGGUGUUGCUACUCCAGCUGAUGCUGCAUUAUUAAUGCAAUUAGGUUGUGAUGGAGUAUUUGUUGGUUCUGGUAUUUUUAAUUCAAAAAAUCCUGAAAAAUUAGCAAGAGCUAUUGUUAAUGCUGUAACUCAUUAUAAUGAUCCAGUUAAAUUAUUAGAAUAUUCUACUGAUUUGGGUGAUUUAAUGGCUGGUACUCCAAUCAAUUCUAUAAAGGAAUCAGAAAAAUUAGAAAACAGAGGUUGGUAA